AUGUCUAAUAUGGCAGGAUCGGGCACCACUAAGCUUCGCACACCAAUUUUCAAUGGAGAAAAUUAUAAGUUCUGGAGUAUUCGGAUGAAAACCAUUCUGAAAUCUCAUGGGUUGUGGGAUCUUGUUGAAAAUGGUUUCGAUGCUUCAAAUCCAAAGAAGGAGAAGAAGAAGAUAGAAGAGAGUGAGGUCGCUGAAGUGGAGAAGCCUACGAUGGCUGAAAUUCUGAUGAAGGAUGCUCGCGCACUUGGGUUGAUCUAA